AGUUUCGGAUUACGUUUGAAAAUGGCAGCUACGAAGCUGCUUUUCUCCCGUCCGUUUUCAGCACACCUAUUACGACACUGGUCCCAAAAAAGUUGUAUAAAUGCCACAGCAAAGAGAAAUGUAUCUCAAGUUCCGCUUGGAUUCAUCGGACUCGGAAACAUGGGAAGUCACAUGGCCAAAAACUUGAUAAAGGCUGGUCAUCGCCUCGUCGUUUAUGACGUCUAUCCAGAAGCAAUUGAGGCACUGUCCAAGAUGGGUGCUGUUCCUGUUCAAAGCCCAGCCGACGUAGCGGGCCAGUGUGACAACAUCAUAACAAUGUUGCCGUCCAGCCCCCAUGUGACAGCUGUCUACGCGGGUCAGAGGGGGAUACUAUCAAAUAUAAAGUCUGGAUCCCUAUUGAUAGACAGUAGCACAAUCGAUCCAUCUGUAUCGCAAGAUAUGGCGAAGCUAGCAGAGGCAAAAGGAGCAACAUUCAUUGAUGCACCAGUUUCUGGUGGUGUGAAUGCCGCAAGGGAUGGAACAUUAACAUUCAUGGUUGGAGGUAAGGAAUCUGAAGGAAAGGCAGCCGAAGAGGUUCUCUUGUGCAUGGGCAAGAAUGUGAUCCAUUGUGGAAGUGUCGGCUGUGGACAAGCGGCAAAGAUCUGCAACAACAUGAUGCUCGCCAUUUCCAUGAUUGGAUGUGCAGAGACAAUGAACUUGGGUGCAAGGUUAGGAUUAGAUCCGAGCGUUCUCAACAGCAUUCUGAACGUUAGCUCCGGGAAGACAUGGCCCAGCGAAGUAUAUAGCCCCGUUCCCGGUGUGAUGCCAAAUGUACCGUCUAGCAACAACUAUAAUGGAGGGUUUGGAACAGCAUUGAUGACCAAGGACCUUGGACUGGCCCAGACUGCAGCAACCAACACCAAUUCUCCAACUCCUCUGGGGUCAGUGUCACACCAGAUUUACAGACUGCUGCUCAGCAAAGGUUUAGGGCAAAAGGACUUCUCUGUGGUGUACCAGCUCAUACGAGAGGGUGGGCUUCCAAAUGAAUGAAGAUGCCCAGAAACAAAAUCGAGGACAUAGACUUGUACAUUCCCCCAUUUCUUUUAUGACAGCUGUAAAAAGCUCUGCCGAUAAAUAGCAUUAUUGCCGAACUUCUA